CUCUGAGACAGAGUCAGAACUCUUCUCCCUGACAGCCACAAACAUCUACAGCACUUAUUGCAUUCAGAGAGGGAACCUGCAAACAAAACUUCACAGAAAACUUUUGGUUCUUGUUCCAGAGAAUUUGCUGAAGAGAAGGAAAAACAAACAAACAAACAAGCAAACUAAACCAGCCCCCAAAAAAACUGUUCGUGAAGGGGGAGGAAAAGCAGGGCCUUUUAAAAAGGGAAUCACAACAACUUUUGCUGCCAGGAUGCCUUUGCUUUGGAAGAGAGGAUUUCUGUUGGUGCUUUGCUGGAUUAUAGUGAGGAGUUCCCCAACCCCAGGAUCCGAGGGGCACAGUUCAGUCACUGACUGUCCAUCAUGUGCCCUUGCCACGCUCUCAAAGGAUGUGCCCAGCUCACAGCCUGAGAUGGUGGAAGCAGUAAAGAAGCACAUACUGAACAUGUUGCACUUGAGGGACAGACCUAAUAUCACCCAGCCAGUGCCCAAGGCAGCACUUUUAAAUGCCAUCAAAAAACUCCACGUGGGAAAGGUGGGAGAGGAUGGUUAUGUGGAAAUAGAGGAUGAUGUUGGAAGAAGAGCCGAAAUGAAUGAAGUUGUGGAGCAAACCUCAGAAAUCAUCACUUUUGCAGAAUCAGGCACAGCCAAGAAAAUGUUGCACUUUGAGAUUUCCAAGGAAGGCAGUGAAUUAUCGGUGGUGGAGCAUGCUGAAGUGUGGCUCUUCCUGAAGGUCUCCAAGGCCAACCGGAGCAGGACAAAAGUCACCAUCCGCCUGUUCCAACAGCAGCGACAGCCAAAAGGCAAUUCUGAAGGAGCAGAAGAUACAGAGGAUGGGGGGCUGAAAGGUGAAAAGAGUGAGACUUUGAUUUCAGAAAAGGCAGUGGACACUCGUAAGAGCACUUGGCACAUCUUCCCUGUCUCCAGCAGUGUCCAGAGACUCCUGGACCAAGGCAAGAACUCUUUGGAUGUGCGGAUUGCCUGUGACCUUUGUCAAGAGACUGGAGCCAACCUGGUGCUACUGGGCAAGAAGAAGAAAAAGGAAGAUGAUGGGGAAGGGAAAGAAAAGGAAGCUGGAGAAUUCACAGGAGAAGAGGAGAAGGAGCAAUCACAUCGGCCCUUCUUGAUGAUGCUUGCCCGUCACUCAGAGGAUCGCCAGCACAGGCGGCGAAGACGAGGCCUGGAGUGUGAUGGCAAAGUCAACAUCUGCUGCAAGAAGCAGUUCUUUGUCAGCUUCAAGGACAUAGGGUGGAGUGACUGGAUCAUUGCUCCUACAGGUUAUCAUGCCAACUACUGCGAAGGAGAGUGUCCCAGCCAUAUAGCAGGCACAUCUGGCUCAUCAUUAUCUUUCCACUCCACUGUCAUCAACCACUACCGCAUGCGGGGCCAUAGCCCCUUUGCCAACCUCAAAUCAUGCUGUGUGCCCACCAAGCUCCGGCCUAUGUCCAUGCUCUACUAUGACGAUGGCCAGAACAUCAUUAAGAAAGACAUACAGAAUAUGAUUGUGGAGGAGUGUGGCUGUUCGUAGACGCUAGUGUGCACAAGACCCUUCUUGUUAAGUAGAAAAUGUAUCAAAAGCCCAAGAAGAGGAAAGACCUGACAUGGUAUAAUAUUUUUUGAGUGAAACAAUCAUCAGAAAUAUAAGCAAAAAUAGAAGAGAGCAAGAAAAGGGAGAGAAAGAAGAAAAAAAAAAGACUUAUGGAAGAUCAGAAAAGACUUCAGCUACAAAAAAGGAUGAAAAUGUCAUGAAGAUGGGCUUGAACAAGAUAGGUCAAAAUGGUGGUAUGGAUUGGGGAUUUCCCCUUCCUUUCAGUAUGCUCCUUAUCUUGUUACAUAGUAUACUAAACAUUAGUUACUACUAGGGGAAGGAAGUUUUCUUCCCUCCCUUAGUUACCCAUCAGGUCAAGCCAUGGUAGCAGCUCAUCUAACCUGCAGAAAUUUGGACAAAGUCCAAAAUGUCAAUGAAAAGCCAUGUGUAUGAUCACUGCAGUCACUGGCGCUUUCCCCCCACAUUUACAGAGCAACUGAGUAGGUGUAUAGUGUUUGUGUUUGUAUAUAUAUGGCUAUGUGUUUAUAUACAUGUCUCUAUACAUACAGACACAAUACACAUACUUAACAUUGAUCAAGGGUCAAUCGUGUGCAGGGUGUGUACACCUUCAUCUUCUGCACUACAUUUACAAAAAAAAAAA